AUGACUGGAGUGUUUUUCGACUGGGGCGUAAUUCCCAUCUUUGCGGUAGCCGUUUUGACCUUGGUUCUCGUUAUCCGCAGUUUUUACCAUCUCGUCCUCCAUCCUCUCGCCAAGAUACCGGGUCCAAAAGUUUAUGCACUCAGCGACAUCCCAUUUCUGUUUCAUCUUCUCCGCGGAGAAUGGCCCUUUGUCCUAAAGAAUCUUCAUGAUCAGUACGGGCCGGUCGUACGGUACUCACCGCGCGAUGUUUCCAUCAUCACAGUAGAUGGCUGGAAGAAGAUUUAUGGGCACAAGAAUGAUUCGGCCAAGAAUUUCGAGAAGGAUCACCUCUUAUAUGAUAAACCUAGCUCAGGACACCACACCAUUAUGACUGUCAAGAAUGAAGACCACAAGCGGAUGCGUCGUCUCCUCUUACAUGCCUUUUCGGAAACAGCAUUGCGCAAUCAAGAGACUGUUAUAAAAUCCUACAUCGACCUCUUCAUAUCGCGAAUGACGGAAAAGGCCAAGGCCAAGGACACAAUCGAUCUUGUCCAAUGGUUUAACUUUACAACUUUUGACCUUAUUGGGGACUUGACUUUUGGCGAACCUUUUGGUUGCCUCGAAAAAGAGACAUACCAUCCUUGGGUCUCCAUGAUCUUCUCAAGUGUUCGUUUCACAGUUUUCUUACAACUCAUGCUUCGUUACCCGAGCCUGCAGAUUCUGGCCACCCUUCUUGUCCCUGAAAGGGUCAAGAAGGCUCAUGAAGAACACUGGUAA